AUGAGGAGGUCUCCAGUGGGCAGGAAGAUUCCUUCUGAUCGCUUUGCUUACCGUGAUGAUCCUUACCGUAACGAUCCUCAUCGGAGUUUCAGCCAGAGUAAAACGUGCAACAACUGUAAGCGACAUGGUCAUUUUGCUCGAGACUGUCCCAAUGUCACAAUUUGCCACAAUUGUGGCCUUCCUGGGCACAUAGUAUCAGAAUGCUCGACAGAGUCAGUGUGUUGGAACUGCCGUGAAUCAGGCCACAUGGCCAGUAGCUGCACAAACGAAGGCGUUUGUCACAGAUGUGGCAUAUCCGGACACCAGGCCAAAGACUGCACCGCUCGCCAGCUCCCUCCCGGAGACCUUAGACUCUGCAACAAGUGUUACAAGCAAGGCCACUUCGCAGCUGACUGCACCAACGAGAAGGCCUGCAACAACUGCAGGAAGACUAGUCAUUUGGCUCGCGAUUGCAAAGACGACCCCGUGUGUAACCACUGUAACCUGGCUGGUCAUCUCACUAUCAAAUGCCCCAAAGCCAAUGCAGUUGCAGGAGACCGCGGACCACCACGUGGGAGCAGAGGCGUGCAUCAUGGUGGCCACCGAGAGCAGUACGAGGAGGAGAUUGUGUGCAGGAACUGCAGGCGAGUGGGGCAUAUGAGCAGAGACUGCAUGGCUCAGUUGAUGAUGUGUCGCAACUGUGGUGGAAGAGGUCACAUUGCCUAUGAAUGUCCUUCUGGCAGAUUUGUCAACAAUCUCAGCUUCCCUUUAGGUACUAAGCAAGCCUCCAGAAGGAGCUUCUUUGCUUAG